UAUUUUAGGUAAAAUGAACUAUCGGAUUAUUCUAUGACGCCAUGCAUCUGAUACUAGCUGUGGUCAAAUGAACUCUUGGAUUAUACUGUGUCGGAAUCUGAUACUAGCUGUGAUUUGUGCCAAUAUAUCAGCAUUGCAUUGAAAAAUUAAAGAUGUGAUAAAUUGAUUCCUAAACGACGAUCAUCGCUAAAGUAGACAAGAAGUGAUAGAGAAAUCAUUGUAAUGACGCUAUCAUUACACUCUUCGUUUAUAUUGUAAAAUCAGGAAAUGAUUUAAUUUGAGACUUAGAUAAGACAUUUACUACGAGAUGAGUCUGCCCCCUAACAAUUACGAGAUGGGAAGUUAUUAUGUUGGAUCAUACAACCAUACCAGUAUGAAUGAUACAAAAAUUCCAGUGAUGGUGCUAUAUAAUAAAACUGACGAUUACUAUCAAGGAUUUAUGCCACCGCCACCACCGAGUCAGCUGUUGUUAGAUAUAAUGGAAUUUAACCGAUGGGCGUUUUUAUUCAUCAUAAUUUUUGGAGUAAUUGGGAAUGUAGUGAGUUUUUAUAUAUUUACAAAGUCAAAACUGCGAAAAGUAUCAACGUCUAGAUAUUUUUCAGCAAUAUCAAUCGUAGAUAUUGGAUACUUAUUGUCAACAUUGUGUACAAAUUUGACAAAGUGGGGAGUAAGUGUGUACCACGUGCACGGCCUGUGUCCGUUGAUUAUGUAUGUUAAUCAUAUUUGUACGUUUUUGUCGAUAUGGUAUGUGGCUUCACUUGUUAUAGAGAAAUUCAUUGGAUUAUAUUGGCCAUCAAAGAAGGCCCAUUUUUGUACUGUUUUCCGUGCUAAAUGUGUAAUCAUCGGAUUAGCGAUUCUUGCCGUUGUCUGUUAUCAUUAUGUUACAUGGACUGUUGGGUCAGAUUACCCUUACAUGUAUUGCUACCCAUGGCCAGAGAAUGAGUUAUUUGAAACAUGGAACAAAUUGAAUAAAGUUGAUGCGGUUGUGGUCUCGGUGAUUCCGUAUGUGCUAAUAUUUUGUCUUUCGUGCCUUAUAGGUGUCAAAACAUGGCAAUUUUAUAAAAGAAAUAGAUCAACAGGUUUUAGAUUACACAGACGUCAAACAGCAUAUGUGCCGCAGGAUAAGGAAUACAAAACAUCAGGGUUACUCUUGUUAGUGGCCUACGUUACAUUUUUUCUCAGUAUUACAAACGGAGUGUUCCGAGUGCUUAUGAUAAUGCAGCCCCCAGAAAUGAUUUUAAUUGCACAAUUGUUUCAAACAAUUUCAUAUUCUAUCAAACCAAUACUGUAUAUCUUAGGGUCAAGGCCAUAUAGAAAAGAGAUUUGGAGAGCGCUGAAACAAACUUUCAUAUGUAAAAGAUUAUUUCGAAGUUCUUCUCUCUCUGAAAUGCAAACAGUUAGUCAACAAACUGACAAUGGAAGAGCAAUAGAGAUUGUUAUUGAGAAAACCAUGUAAUGUCGCACCAUUGUGUCUUGAGAUCAACUCUCGUCUUUCAUAUCACGCCUAGCCACUCACCGGUGAUUUGUCAUACAAUAAAUCAAAGGAAUGCAGACAAAACCAUUAAAAAACAUGUAUAUCGUUUGCAUAACAGUUUUAUGAGAUCAGCGAUCACGUCGGGAAAGUUCUCAGUCAACUUUCCUAAUAGUUUUAUAAAAUAAUUAUUUUAUCACCAAAUAUCUGUAUGAUAUCCGUCUAGAUAAGUCUAUUAUGUAGAAUAUAUAACUCUUAAAAUUCCUGUAUUCUCUGUACUUGCUGUCUACCAUGGAAUAGAUACGACAUAACACAGACAAAAAAAAUGAGUAAUACUAUUAUCUUGUAAAUAAAUCAUUAUCAAUCUAU